UGCUGUGCAGCGGCUUGGGGCGGGGCCGUGCCGGCAGCUCGGCCCUCGGGAAGCUGCUGUUGCGCAGGCGCGGCUAGGUCAGUGUGGCUCUGCUGCUGGCCGGGGAUGGUGACUGUUCUGGGGCUGUCAGUGGACCCCUCGCUGCUUCCAAUAAGGUGGGGAGCCGGGCUGGCGUGUCCCAGGGCUGUGACUGACACCGGGGUGAUUAACAGCCACUGGAGGGGAGAGUCCCCUGGGGAUCAGUGACAUCCAGCAGCCGCUCAGUCCCGGAGGGAAUGAUGAACAGGUUCAGAAAGUGGCUCUAUAAACCCAAGAGGUCAGAUCCGCAGCUUCUUGCGCAAUUUUACUAUGCAGACGAAGAGCUCAACCAAGUGGCUGCUGAACUGGACAGUCUGGAUGGACGGAAAGAUCCUCAGAGGUGCACGCUGCUUGUUAACCAGUUUCGCUCGUGUCAGGAUAAUGUCUUAAACAUCAUAAACCAGAUUAUGGAAGAGUGCAUUCAGCAUGAGCGAGCUAACCGAGAUUUUUGUGUGAAGUUUCCCGAAGAAAUCCGUCAUGAUAAUCUCGCUGGACAGCUCUGGUUUGGGGCGGAGUGUUUGGCUGCUGGUUCUAUCAUCAUGAACCGGGAAAUAGAGAGCAUGGCGAUGAGGCCACUAGCGAAGGACCUAACCAGAAGCCUUGAGGAAGUCAGGAACAUUAUCCGAGACCAGGCCCUCCGAGACCUGAACAUGUACACGGACAAAAUGAAAGACUCCCUCAGACAUUUUGAUGUUCUCUUUGCCGAGUUUGAAUUAAGUUACGUGUCAGCCAUGGUACCUGUGAAAUCCCCAAAAGAGUACUAUGUGCAGCAGGAAGUAAUUGUCCUUUUCUGUGAAACUGUUGAAAGAGCCUUAAAGCUUGGAUACCUCACACAAGACAUGAUUGAUGAUUAUGAACCAGCAUUAAUGUUUACAAUCCCAAGGCUAGCCAUCGUAUGUGGGCUUGUUGUUUACGCUGAAGGACCACUAAACCUCGAUCGCAAAGUUGAAGAUAUGUCUGAACUCUUCCGGCCGUUCCACACAUUGCUAAGAAAAAUCAGAGAUCUUCUACAGACCUUAACGGAAGAAGAGCUGCACACCUUAGAACGGAACCUUUGUAUAUCGCAAGAUACAGAGUUUCCGGUCCGGACAGACCCAGAAGUGCCCUCUGCAAUCUCUCCUGUCUUAGUCACUGCCUUACCCACAGAAGAUCCACUUUCAUCAAAAGCUGAAAACACAGAGGUGGAACUGGCCUGCUCUAUGCAGUAUGACGAGCAGGAGCUGGAGCAGCUGAACAUGAUGGUCCACCGAGUAGGCGAUGAAAUGUCGUCUUUACUUUCUCCACCAAGUGUCUGUCAGUCACCUGCUCACAGGGCUACUUCUAGCACCGAGGCCUCUCCAAGCAAGCGACCUCUGGGCAACCUCAAUGAAGAGGAGGAUAGGGUGUUUUUCAUGGAAGACCUUGAAGGAGCCUUGGACGGUCUUUCUAGACAAAGGACCUCUGAAAACACAAUUGCAUGGGUAAACAGCUCCUGUUACAAACCCAACCCCAAACUCUCAUCUCAAUGCCAAGAUACGCUUGUCCAAAAUGGGGAUUUGGAUGACAACGAUCUUUUGAAAGACACGGAUAGUGAUUUAAGCAAUAACAACAACAUCGAUGGGAGUAAAAUACUGCUGGCAAGCGGUUCCCUGCAGAACUCUUGCAGUUGUCUAGAAGUGACUGAUUCACAGUUAUACCUCAAUGGUUGGGAUGCAAAUGGUGAGGAUGCGGAGACGGCGGAAAUCAUUGCUCACAGAACCGGCGGAAUGAAGAUCUCGGCAACUGUGAUCUUCAACCCCAAGUCUCUCCCGACUUCAUUGUCUCCAGAAACCUCACCGGAUUUAGCCAGCGGCCAUGCCCCCCUUUCUUCAGACCCAUUAACCAGUAAUGAUGAAGACGAGGCCCACAAGCUCAGCAUAGCAACCACUAACAGUUUAAUUAAUUCAUGUGUGUGUUGUGGGAGUUGCGAGGACACGAGAGAGGACAGCUUAGAAAGUUUGAGACAUAUUAACUCUCCGGGUAAAGUUAUUAAUGCUUCCUACAGCUUAAUAAAGUCCAAAGAAAUGGGCCAUUUAGACAGACCAGAGACUGGAGUGUCUGCUAAAGAGCUAUUAAAAAUGGAAAGUCCACCUGUUUUGUUAUUGGAGAGGGACACGGGCAGACCCGAACAAAAAUGCUCUAAUUCCUCUAAGUGCCUGACACACAACUCCGUUUCGCAGCCUGGGACGGACAGUGAGCCUGAGGAGGUCGCAGGUGUCUCAAGUCCGCAGGUGGGAAGAGUUUUGAGAUGGAAAAAAAGUCAAUCUGUGAAGGAUCCAUCACAAAGGACAGAUGGAGCCAGCUCAGAAACUGCUGCAAAGGAAGAUGUCCGCUCUAGUACCAGUUCUCAGGAUGACAUGCUUGGUUCUCCCCUCAACUCCAUCUCCAGCAGUGACUUUGACAGUGUCACUACAUGUAGUCUUUCCAGCAUUUCCACACUGAGCAGCGUGAUGACCAGCUCCUGCUCAUCAGAUGACAUUGAUCAAGAGGAAAUUCAACAGGCUCUGCGUGCUGCGAAGAUUGCUUCCAGACAAAAGAUCAGAUCCCGUUUCCACAGCAGUAAUGACCUCAUCCACCGGCUCUUUGUCUGCAUCUCAGGUGUUGCCGAUCAGUUGCAGACAAAUUAUGCAAGCGACUUGCGAAGUAUUCUGAAGACUCUGUUUGAAGUCAUGGCCACCAAGCAGGAAGUCGACGAUAAAGGGACGCAUAAGAAAGUGAUUCAGGGACUCAGAAACGUUGCGCUGGAAGAUUGCGCUCUGUGCCAGGAAACCAUUUCUUCCUCAGAGCUGGCUGCCAAGGCCCGGGACGGAGAAUUUGAAGAUCCGCCGGACUGGGUACCAGAUGAAGCCUGCAGUCUGUGCACAGCGUGUAAGGCUCCUUUCACAGUGAUCCGCAGGAAACACCACUGCCGCAGCUGUGGCAAGAUCUUCUGUUCUCGCUGUUCUUCCCAUUCUGCCCCAUUACCACGAUAUGGACAGAUGAAACCGGUCCGCGUCUGUACACACUGUUAUAUGUUCCACGUCACUCCUUUCUACAGCGACAAAGCUGCAAUCUGAUGCCGCAACACAACCACAUGCACACUGGUCCAGAGCAAAUCACCUUGCUUUUUGAUCCACGCCAAGAAUGACCGUGAAUAUGGACUUUGCUGGAGGCAUGCAGGCUUUCAUUUAAACACUUAAUAUUUGUACAAAGAGUUUUAAUUUUUUAUUUUUUUUGGUCAGCUGCUAAAGAAAAGGAUAAAAGGUGGGUGUGUGGCUCUCUCCGCUUCAGUACAGUCUUCCAAAUGAUCCGGCUGCUGCGACCCAAGAAACGCCAUUGCACAGAAGACUACACGGAAUAGGGCUUAGCGGAUUCUCACUGCAUCACUGCUUUACCUUAAACAUUAAAGAUUGUAGCAUCUGUCAUCGCACAGCCUCUAGACGCCUAUGGGUCCCUGUCAUUUACCUGUCACCGUCUUCUUCGUUAUAAGCAAACUGCUGGGCCUGAACCGAGGUUAUGUCAUGUUCCAGGUGAUAAGUGAUAGUCUGCUGUUACUGUCCCUGUACAGAGCAAUACAUGGAGGUGUAUAGGGGGAUGCGCUUGCAGUCACUUUGCCUGUUUCUGUGUUUUUUAGUUUUUUUGGGGUUCCUACCUAAAUUACAGCAAUAACUUUCUGUAAAAGAAAACGAGUAAUAUACAGUACACACAUCCCGUUGCUUACAUUCCUGCUGCUUUUCUAGAGAACCUGUAACCUCACAAAUGUUUUACAAGUCACUGGGGAAAAAACUUAAAUACAGCUUUUUCCCACAUAUACACAGCUAAGGAUUGCUGGGGCUUGUAGUUCCACAACAGCUGGCAAGCUACAUGUAGCCUACCUCUAUUGUAAAGCAUAGCGUUUGAGAAUUUUUUGCUAUAAUUUUUAUUAUUAUUUUUUUUAUUAUUUUUAUAAGACUGACUAAUUGGGAAAGUUUUGAAUUGUAAUGUUACCUGACUGGCUGUGUUCUGCAGGACGCGCACGGUUAGGUAUCGAUGACCAUAGGCGUGGGAAUUCCGCGCUGGUGUCUGCGUUGUACAGGUUCUCACAUCUUUUAUACUGUAAAGUGUAUAUAUGACGAAUCGAGGCCGCACCAUUCAUAUAAUUUCUGUGCAUUCAAAUGUGCUGGCACCCGACAUCAAUAAACUUCCAUUCUAUUGGAUAUACAAAUAAGAGGAUCUUGGCACGCUGUUCUCACAUUAUCAGGCUGUUUUAUUGUGAUCCAUACAGUUCACGCCAACAUUUUACAUAUAACACAUGGAACGCCUUACAUGACCCGUGCUGUGCUUUCUCACCGAAAUUCCAGAAAAUACUGAAGUCAUCGAUAAAUCCCUUUGUUUCCAGAGACUCUGGAACCCACAAUAACCAGAGCCAGUACCUUGGUGAUCUUCUCACAUAUCUAGGACCCUCUAAGACACCAUUUCAGGUCUACAAAACAAUUCAGGUUUUCUUUGUGAGGUUAUAGGGGCAGAUGGACUAAAUCCUUGGAGAGUGAAAAAGUGGAGAGAGAUAAACUACCAACUAAUCCGCUCCUAGCUGUCAUUUUUCAAACUCAGGGGUCUAUUUACUAAGCAUUGCAUAAAGAGAAAGUGGACAGAGAUAAAGUGCCAGCCAACCAGCUCCUAGCUGUCAUUUUACAUUUUGUGUUUGAAAAAUUACAGGAGCUGAUUGGCUGGUACUUUCUCUAUCCAAGGCUUAGUAAAUAGACCCCUCAAUCUGUAACAUAGCAGUUAGGAGCUGAUUGGCUGGUACUUAAUCUCUCUCCACUUUAUCACUCUGCAAAGCUUAGUACAUCUCGCCCAUAGUCAGGUAUGGUUUGUAUGGUACUUGUUGUGCCCACGUCAUGCUUUCUGUUACUUCAGGCACCAGUAAAAGGCAGGGCAGUUACUUGGAAGUUACUUUUUGGAAGCUUUUAGUGACAUUAGUGGAUGACUACUUUACAUAGGGCUCUCUGGACUUUGUCGGGUAGAAUAUUUAAUAAUUAACUGGAUAAAGUGCUUCUUCUACUUAAUAAACAUGCUGCAUAUCUCUGAGAAACGGAGCUCAAGCAACAAAAGGAAAUAACUGGGAUUGCGAUUGAACAUAUAGUUUAUUGCACUGCACGAUGCAUAGACUAUGUAUGGAAUGUCGCAGCUGGGGGUUUAUAUUGCCCACUACCGUCCUAUAAGAGUGGCCGCAUAAAGAGAAAAGUGCUUGAUAGAUUUACUAAAGCUUCUAAAAAUGAAAAUUGGAGGUGUUGCCCGUAGCAACCAAUCAUAUUUAAGCUAUCAUUUCUCUAUUGCAUUCCAGAAAAUGAUAGAAUCUGGUUGCUAUGGGCAACACUUUUCAAUUGUCUGUUUUAGAUGUUUUAGUAAAUCUAAGCCUGGGUACACACCUUAACGACUGAUCUGCUGACCGAGCAGCCGAUUUGGUAAGCUAUACUCUCUUACCAACCGGCUGCUCAAUUGGUCUGGGCAGACAUUACAACUGGGGGGGCAUGUAAAUUUGCACGCCCAUUUGUGAUGUUAUUGUCGUCAGUUCCUGCAGCCGCAUAUCAUGUCAGUUGGCGGGUGACGGGUCACCCGUGCACACAGGCAUAUGUAGAGAUAUAUCUGCAUGAUAUAUCGGCUGUGCUGCAGGGCCGAUGUGAUAUGUCUUUGAACAGCGUUAUUGGUACACACCUACCAAUCCACUAGCGAUAUGUUAUUCGAUGACUGUACGCAUGAUGACAUAGUGUGUACUUGCACACUACAUGUGUAAGUAUAUGUUUGUGCGUGCUGGGAUCGGUGAAUAAGCUGUCAUCCAAUAUCUAUUAUGUUUAGUAUGUAAACAUUACAGUGAUACUAUAUGCCAUGAUAAAUAUAGCACCUUGCUUUUUGUUUGUUUUUUGGACAGCACUGGAACAAGAAUCUAAUAUAUUAAUUUAAGGAAGGUCUCGUAAGUAUGAUGUAAGAGAUAGCACGUGUCAGUACUCUAACCUAUUCCCCCGAUCUUCUCAUUCCUGGUCACUACUUGGAGGAGUCUCUUGAUUUUUUAUUUUAUUUUUUAUUUAUAUUGUUUUUGUUUUGUAGCUACAACACCUCCUUAUAUUGCUUUUAUGCUUUCCAUACGCUAUCUUGGAGGAGAGUUCAGUGUCUAGAUCCAUUUCCUGUUCCAACCUCCUUGUGUAUAUUUAAUAUGCACACCUAGAUGUACAGAUGACCGGAUUAGUCCUAAGCACUGGAAUAUGGGUACUCGAUGCAUAGCUUCUCCAUAUUAUUUCCUGCCAAACCAUUGUCGUCUUGCGUGCAAACGUUCAAGUGGCUUAUAUUGUGAAAACUGGAAACUUCAUUUUCACUACUAUACACGUACACACACAAUUGAUUGUUUUGUACCACUGGGGCUUGUUAAUAAAGUUAUGUACAUUGUCAAUUAUAUCUUUGAUUUCCGCUGGAUGGAAUUGUUGUAUGGGCUAUGGCGGGUCACCAUUGUUAUUACGCUUUAUAUGUUCAACUGCAUUGUUUACAUGUCUUCUUCUAUUUUGUGUCAUUUCAUGACAAUUUCUUCUAUUUGUCAUCCACAGCUGCUUUCAGAAUGAGCCAUUUUCUAACUACCUGGGCCGUCGUGUCCAUUAUAAAGUGUUCAGCACUUUAUAAUGUGAUACUGAUAAAGUUAUUCAACAUACCUAAAACCGCGCAUGUAGUUUCUUUUAAUUGACCCAAAUAUUCUGACGUUGUGUUUUGGGUGAAGUUAGUCUGCCUAAAAUGAUCUGGCCGGGUCUUUUUAUACAUCUAACAGUCAGAUUGCAGAUCCUCUUCUUGCAAAUUUGAGGGUUGUGCUAUCACCACCCCAAACAAGGCCCAAUUGAAGGUUUUGCAGGAUCCAGCCUUUACAAUAUUGUAUUAUGUUUAUCAGUGUGACCCAAUCUGAUAAAUUGAUGUAAUCUCCUUACUUACACUCAUAUAGCAAAUAGAAUGUUCUUGCAUUUGGGGAACGGUGCAAAUUUUUAAUGGCAUUUUUGAUACUGGUCAUAGGGCAUACCAAUAUUUGCUGGCAGCAGUUUGGGCGCUACCCAUUUACCGGCGCGGAAUCUUCAACAUCUAUUUCUGCAGUAUAGGAAGCACUGACAUUCCAGCUACUUAUGCCGUGGUACUCAGAGCAGUGCACAAGCUGCUUACUGGUACAGUUGUAAACUGCCAACGGCAACUUAGAAACUACUGCUAAUACUAAUUAUGAAGUACUUGCAGUGAAACAUUCUCCAAUGGAGUCUUGGGUUUGCAGUGCCAGCAGCUGUGUAUUUGAUAGGAACAGAUGGGUACGUGUUCUCAUUAUUACACCAUGCCAAGGGCAGUGCAGAAUAUACCAGUCAGUCAUGCUUGUGCAGUGCCUAUAGUGUUCCCGGACAUUAGCAUGAGACCACUCCAAUACAGUGCGGAACCUGUCACUUGGUCAUCGUUAUGCAGUGAUCGCAUCCUUGGAACAUAGUACGUGGUUAUGGUUGGGCAGCGCUCAGCAGUGUGGCGUUGAACACUGACACUUAUUCAGGCUUAAAUCUCAGGCUUCACUUUUGCAAUACUUAUUGCAGUUGAUUUGUUUUACUUUUAUUCUUUUUUUUUUUUAGACAUUAUUGCUUGAUUUUGUAUAAUAAAGAAACAACAAAAUAUACUUCAAAUACGAGAUAAAUAUGCAUAAAAACAACUUCUCCUGUGAAACAGAAUGAUGUUAUUUAAUGGAUUGUACUUUAUUUAUUUAGAGCCUGUUCUUAUUUUGUAAAUGCGAUAAUUAAAAAAAAGAAGAAAAAAAAGGAACAUUUCCGUAAAUAGAUUUACUGAUCUCAGAUGCUGUACAGUAGUUUCUUAUGUAUAUACUGAGAUUUUCUUUAAUGAAAAGCACAAUGAACAUACUUAAUACUGGUGUGCACUUGCCUCGAAGGGAGACAUUUGUCUUGUAAUAUCUUAAAAUGAUUAAAAUGUCGGUAAUUUCUGUAUA